AUGGCCUCAGAGAGGCCACCCAACACUCAAUGGAAUGAUAACGAGAUCUUCGCUUUCCUGGAUCAUCUGAUCUCUGAAAAAGCAAAGGUCACAGGAGGAGGAUUCAAGAACAAUGUCUUCAACCAGGCUGCAAGAGUGAUCACACAGUUUACAACACAUGGCCCAACCAAGACAGGGGGACAUUGCAAGGGUAAAUGGCAAUAUCUCAAAAAUAUCCACAGCACCAUUAACAGAUAUUGCAACAGAUCUGGAUGCCACUGGGAUAACGAGUCCAGCGCGAACAUUGUGGGGGGAGUGGCAGAAACUCAGUGGAAUCAGUUCCUUGAGUCCAACAGCAACAAGGCAAUGAAAUUAUUCAGGAACUCCAGAUGGAAAUUCUUCCCCAAGAUGGAGGAGAUCCUGCCAAAUGGGAGUGGUGCUGUGGGUGCUGCUGCCUAUAACCUGGCUUCAUUAGCCACACAGUCACCAGCAGUUGUCACAUCUGCCACGCUGCUAGUACUGAGGUGGGCAGCAAUGCUAUGGGUCUUGCUAUUUGUGUGCCCCCUCCUCCUCACAACAUAUCCUGUUAGCCCGGCGCAUGCAGAUGGCUUUGGAUGGGAUAGGGUCAUGUCUGCCCUCCCAUCCACUAACAUUGGAAUUGUCAGCGGCAGUUCCAUGAACAUGCCUCCUCCCCCAUCUUCAGUAUCAGCCUCCAGCACCAGAAAAUGUUUGCAUUCCGACAUGCUCUUCUCUGGUAACAUCACCCAAUCUUCCAUGUCUCAUGUAGAUUCUGCCAGCUCUGAGAAGAAGCCGAAGCUUUCGGCACAUGGCGGCAGCACCAUGUCGCGUGUUGCUAGUCAAUGCAAUUCCAAGGCUGCCAUGGAGGUGGCUGGCAAUACCGCGGCAUUUAUGAACCUUCAAAGUGCCAUAAACCACCUGACAGACAGUCUGUCAAAGUCGAUGACCAACACGGAUGAAAGUUGGGUGGCAGAUGAGAGAUCGCAGGCUUUGGCCAUAAUGCAAGACAAUGAAGAAAUCACACCAGAGGACAAGGUCAUACUCAUGAUUGUCUUUGGAAGGAGCCCAUCGACAUGCGCCACUUAUGUGUCCAGUAGGCCUGAGAAUCGCCUGCCUUACUUACGAUCUGUUAUCCAUCAGGCUCUCAGGGGGGACUUUGGCGCGCUGUAA